ACGUCACCGAGUGGGCGUUCCCGUUAGUGUUCUAGUUCUAUGAUUAAACUUAGGGGAAAUUGAAAAAACGUUAAUUUUCCAGCUGGAAGACCUCGACUAAGAUUAUUGAUGACGUGUAAGAAAAAACUUGGAUCGUAGACGUCGCAAUUCCGGACAUGACUAGAUAAUCAAAGCUAUCUUCGUGUACGUCACAGCAACAUGGCAGACAGCAUGGCAGAAGAAGUAACUGUAAACGCAACUUUAAACGAAACCGCCACCAAUGGCACCGGUAAAAUUCCAGCAACACCAGAGGGAAUGGCCGUGGCAUAUACAAGUUUAUUCUUGAUGGCCAUUUUCCCCAUAUUUAUUGGUUCUUUCCGUUCUGUGAAGUACCAUAAGGAACAAAAGGAUUCGGGGGAGAAGCCAGAGACCAUGUCAUCUAAAGAUGCUGCUAUGUUUCCAAUUAUUGCUAGUUGUACAUUGUUUGGUAUUUAUAUGGUAUUUAAGAUAUUCUCUAAAGAAUACAUCAAUUUAUUGUUAGCUGUUUAUUUCUUUUUCUUGGGAGUCUUAGCGAUGGCGCAUAUUGCAAGUCCAAUUAUAUCAAGAUUGAUGCCAUCUGCAUUUCCUAAUAAGGAAUAUCAUUUAAUCUUUACACAAGGGAAAGGAGAAAAUAAAGAAGAAUUGAUGAACUAUGAAUUUGAUCGUAAAGAUUUGGUAACUCUAGGUGGUUGUGCUGUUGUAGGAGUGUGGUAUCUAGUCAAGAAGCAUUGGAUCGCCAAUAAUUUAUUUGGUUUAGCAUUUGCUGUAAAUGGUGUAGAAAUUCUAUCUUUGAAUAAAAUCAGUACUGGAUGUAUAUUAUUAGGGGGUCUCUUCAUCUAUGACAUCUUCUGGGUGUUUGGUACAAAUGUCAUGGUUACAGUAGCUAAAUCAUUUGAUGCUCCUAUUAAAUUGGUGUUUCCUCAGGAUAUUUUAGAGAAAGGAUUAGCAGCCAAUAAUUUUGCUAUGUUAGGAUUGGGUGACAUUGUUAUACCUGGUAUCUUCAUAGCUCUUCUACUUCGAUUUGAUCUUAGUUUGAAAGCAAAGAUAAAGAGUAAGACGUAUUUCUAUGCUGGAUUUAUUGCAUAUAUCUUGGGUCUUCUUACAACCAUUUUAGUCAUGCAUUUCUUUAAACAUGCUCAGCCUGCUCUGUUAUAUCUAGUACCUGCUUGUAUUGGUAUUCCUGUUCUGGUAGCUUUAAUUAAAGGUGACAUUAAGGCCAUGUUCUGCUAUGAAGACCAUGCUGAAAAGAAAGAAACCAAGAAUGACGAAAACAAAAAAGAAACUGUUAAAAAAGUGAACUGAAAUCAAACUGGGAGAAAACCCAAAUCAAAAUGUUGACAAAUUUGGACUAUUUUAUUUUGUUAGAUUUUUAUGAUUUUGCUGUCAUUGUUUUGAAGAAUACAGACAAUUUCACAGCAAUUUUGUCUUCUUUAUUACAUUGUAUGAGUGUGUUGAAUGUUUGUACAAAUAGCUAAUUGGGGUCGGUUUCCUGGUGGAAUUUAUUGGGUAUCCACUUCAAAGGACCCAGUUCUACAUCUUUUUCAACUGAAAAGAUAAUUAUUUAGUCAGAUAUCUUUUAAAGUUUUGUCUUACAAAUUUUGAAGAUAUCAACCCAGAUGAAAGAUUCAAGGCCACUUUUGUGUACAUUGUAAAACCUCUGCCAAAACGAUUGAUGUAGCUUUGAGGGAACCCAAAAAGGAUUACGCAAAUGAAAAUAAUAUAAUGUCAUAUAUUAUGUUGAAAACUAUUUGCAGUAUUUAUUUAAGGAUUAAUAAUUUAUUUAGAACAUUGUAAAUACCUUCAUUAUCUUUCUUUUCAUCUUCUUAAACAAGCAUUAUGUAAGAACUAAAUCUACCUAUUGCAGGUCUUUCUUUGGGCCUUUGUUAUAUAUAAAUUAUUAAUUAGACAUUUAUCAACAUGACAAGACCAUAAUCAACUCUCAGUGCCAUCUGAUUGCUCUGAUUUUAAGUAGAUUAGAACAGUUUGGCCAUUUGGUGAUUUAAUUUAAAAAUGGAGAAAUGAGGCCAAGACUUGAAUGACCAGUACGGUUGGUUAAGGUCAAUGCAGACAUCUUGUCAAAACUACAACCAUUGGUAACUUAGUUGAAUUUUAAUGAAAUUUUCAAUAUAUCAAUUUUGCAUUAUCUGUUUUUGAAAUAUUAUAGCAAGAACGGCCUGUUCUUAUCUAAAUCUUACAUAAUGCCAAUUUAAUUUCCACUUGAUUAUUAAUAAUAAUAUUACACUGGAUUAUAUUUUGAAAUUAUAUAUUGCUUUAUUGUUGACUGCUGUCUUGCUAUUAUUUAUUGUACAGGUAUAUUUAUUGUUCUUUCAAAUAAUAUAUUUUCUAAAAGUAACCAAGCAUGUAAUUUGGCUAAAAAUUUAGGUCAAAGAAAAUUUUGUUAAUUUUUAUGGAUUAAAUAUCAUAUUUUGCUAUUGACUAUGAUGUAAUUUCUUCUCAAACCUUGGAAUUAAAGUGUUGUAUGGGGUAGCUUCAGAGGCAUUAUUCACAAAAUAUUUUAAAAUUACUAAUGGUUAAUUAGCUAAACACUAAACUAAUAACAAGAAGCUCUUGGUCAAUGAAAAGGCUGCAUUCUUAAAAUAUUUUAGUUUACAUAUUCUUGAAUAAGGCUCCAGGCAUGGUUUCUGUUCCUAAUAAUAUUCUAAUGAAUAUAUAUUGUAAAUGACAUUCAAAUGAACAUUAUCCAAAACUUGGAAUAGUAGGUACUAAUCUUCAAUGUUUAGAUAUUAAAAUUUUAUUUUCAACUAGACAAUUUUGAAAGAUGAAUAUCAUCCAUUUUUAGACAUCAGGAAGUACAACCAAACUAAUUAGUGAUUUGAACUUCACAGAUGAAUAAUAGGGCCUAAAUGGUAUCAUGUUUAGAGAAAGAACAACCAUUUCUAAACAGAGAAAUUGUUUCCUGGGACAUAGUACUGAUUUCUUUGUAUAUUGGGUUAUAGGCACACUAAUAAAACCAAUCUACAAAACAAAUUGCAUAAAUUUUGCUAGUAGCUUUUGAAGUUACUAAGUCACCAUUUGCAUGCAGUUAAUUUCUCCGUUGACAUGUAUUUGUCUGGCACAAAAAUAUAUUUCCUGAUUAGUUUGGUAUAAAUAUUGAUCAUACCCAUCAUAAUAAGAUUUUUGAUUUUAGAAGUGGGAAAGUAUUUGAUGAUUCAGUUUUGAUAGUAUAAAUCUGCCAUAAUAAAAUAAACAUCAAUGGAUAAAUUUUCAAUGUCUGUAAAUUUAUUUUCUUUGGAUUAGCAACUUUGCAAUGUUUCAUUUCAUUUUGUAAACAAUUAUUCUUUAUUUUGUAAUAUGGAUUUAGAAUUGGAAGAUUAUUUUGUAGAAUUUUAAUGUCAAUUAUCAUUGAAUUUAUCAUCAAUAUAAUGACCAAGUUAAUGUAUGCCAUUAUUGUUUUAAUGUCUUGGAAGGGAUGAAGGCCAUUCAAAAUGCUGGUUUAGAGUUUUGUUUCUUAUUUAUACAUUUAGUGUUGUUUUAAGAGUAUAAACAUCUUUUCGUUUUAGAUAGAAAUCAUGUUAUGUGAAUUAGAGAAAAAAUGAGAGUGGACUGAGUUAAUGAAUUUAUUAGUAUAAUAAUCAAUUGAUUGUGCCUAAUAUGAAAGAAUUUUGAGAGACUAUUUUAAUAUUUUAAAAUAUAUGUAUUGGUUGAGGAAAACAUGUUAUAAAUAUGUCUGUUUAUGUUAAAUAUUAAAGGUUAUUCCAUUUGAAUUAUACUCCCAGUCUUAGCCUACUUCUGUGUGUCCAUUCCAUUUUGCUUCAAAAAGAUAACUGAAUUUAUUCAGUCAAAUUAAUCCCAUGACAUGUUUGUUGAACUUAAUUAUUCACCACUUGCAAAGUAAAAUAAGGUUUGGGAAAUCAUAUUUUACUUUAAAUUAUCAUAGUAAUUGAAUUUUACAUUCAGUCAGACUUACUGAAUGUUCAGCGCUGAAGAAAACGGUUAUUAUUAUUUAUUAUUAUGACAUAAAAUAUUUAAGAUAAUGUUGCAACUUCCUCUGAUGUGAAAGAUUGAAUUUAUUACACCCUUGUAUAUUUAAAUUAUAGAUCUAUAAAGUAUAUUAUUGGCCUAAUAUCAAAUGGAAUAACCCCUUGUUGUAAACUUUUCUUGCUGUUGCAGGUUUCAAAUAAACCACUUCAUAUUA